CCCUCUUAGGCACUGGCACUCUGGAUCGUACAGCGUGGAGGAAGUACAGACGUGGCACUCGUUCCGUCGGCGUCGGCUGGCACUCGUACAGGCACUCUCGAAGCCGUGUGUUGGAGGGGAAACCGAGAGAAUGUGGGUGAGGGCGGCCGUGGCACUGUGAGCAUGAGCGCCUUCAGGAGAGUCAUGCCUUCGCUGCUCCCUCUGCUUCUUCUGGCGGGGAUGCUGCGGCAGACGCGCCCCUGUGAGUACCGCAGCGUGGAUCCUCGACAUACCAUGUGCGCCUUCAGGCCUGGUCAGUGCUCCGGCAAAGCGCUUCUGCGAACCGGAGGAAUAACGUGCAAGGACAUAGAGACGAUCAUCAGCACCCACAACACGCUACGCCAGAAGGUCUCGAUGGGCCAAGUGCGCAACCAGCCGCCGGCACUCAACAUGAGAGCAAUGACACACCUGGUGGGCUGUGGGUACGCCUACUACAAGGACCCUUCUCGCGGAUACACCAAGAUCUACGUCUUGAACUACGCCCAGGGUAUAGCCAGCACAUCAACCUCAACCCCCCCUUUCUCGUCUCCCCCGCAGAGGAAACGUCAUCGGUGGAUCCAUGUACAAGAUGGGAUUCCCGGGCCAGCCUUACUGUGUGGGGGACGGACUCAUCCCAUCGCCGGCGUAUCAGGGUCUGUGCGAGGCGGACUCGGCGCCGCAGCAGAGGUCCUGCUCGAAGGACGCCGCCGCCGGCUCGCCCUCCACCUCGAGCUUCCUGCAGCUGCCGCCCCCGGGCCCGCCCAUCACCAACAGCCUGGCGUCGGGCGGCCACCCCAUCAUGGGCCCCGGCGGCCACCACAUGCCCCCCCACCACCCCAUGAUGAUGGCCCCGCACCCCCCAUCCUGGGCGGCCCCCACGGCGACGAGUACCUGUCCGUGGAGCACGACGCUCACGACCUCAUGCGGCCCACGGACUUCCUCAUGAAGGGCAUCCAGGAGCCCAUCAUGGGCCUCAUGAAGAUCCUCAACCCGUGGAAUAUCCUCAACCGCUUCCGAGGCUGAGCUGGCGGGCGCCUCGCCUCGCCCCCCACGCCCACCCGCCCGUAUCUCGUCCCGUCCCCGCCCCGCCCUCCCUCGGCCACGGUGUCUUUCUCGUAAUAGUAUUCCUGCAGAGUGUGAAGUCGCCGCCGCGGGCCAGUAGUCCCCGUGUUCCUUGUCUGUGUUGUGAGCGCAUCAUGCUAUGUUGUAACAGUUGAAAUGCGCGCAGGCGUAGCAUAUACCACGUUUUUUAUUCUCUCAACAGACAUUAUUCCAGUUUGUGAUUCUGUUUCUGGUUUUCUGACGUUGUUUUCGCUCGCGGGGAACCAAGUCUCUCGCGACGGUCGUGUUCGUGUUCGAGAGGUUAGUCCCGGUUUAGAGGAAGUUCUAUUUUUUGACAAUGUGAUGUAAUAGGAUGUAAUCAUGAUAUAAUAAGGGCUGUGGAGUGAAUGGGUGCAGUCAGCCAUAUUUCGAAGACAUGGGUUUGUAUUUCUUCCAUUCAUUCAUAUAUACAGCUGUAUUGUUUUGUGUUAACAAUUCAUUCUGCUGAGUUUAGUAUGACAUGUUUAAUAUGUAGUAUAACUCAUCAACAAAAUGCUAGCUUUCUUUUUAAACAAAUUUAGUUAUUAAAAGCCCCGAGGCUUACAUUCAUUGAGAGAAAAUGAAUACUAAAACUUGUGAAGGGAGACUAUUGUAAACUUCAAAAUAAUCAUUAUUUUCAUGUAACAAUUGCUAUACAUUCAUUUUCUGUAUAUCGUCGUGAAUAGUUCUUUGUGUGUUUUAUUCUAUUUUUCUCUAAGGGCGCCCAUACGUCAUCUUAUUGAUUCAAAAUUAAGAAAUUGUUACUGUCCUUGCAAAUGUUGACAAUAUUGAUAUGAUUUGAAAGCUUAAGUACAAUUAUUAAUAUUCCCCAAACUAUAAAAUUCUCUCGCUCUGUCACAGUCGAGCAAUAAUUCUGUGAACUUAUUUGGCUUAAAAGGUUGUUAAACAAUUACCAAUUAUGUAAGGAACAGGUUGUUGAUAACUAGCAUAAGAUUAUUCAUCCAGUUUCCACUUGUUACUCAGUAUGUCGUCCCUGUUAUCAGUACAGUAGUAUUUAAGACUUAAAAAAUGCGGGUGUACUCACUUAAGAUUUGUAUAAACUGUAUAUGCCAAUUACUAUGUUGUAUUGUGCGGAUGCAACUAUUUCGCACGUCUACAAUUGUACACAUUGUACAUAAUCUUAGCAUAGAAAUUUCUACCUAUAUGAAAUACCUAUAGUGAAAAUGAGUACCUAUCCUUAAGUGCUUAAAGCGCGACGCACAAAAAGGUAAAAAAAAAAAAAAAUGUUCAACAAAAACAAUGAAUCUUAACGUUAUCAAAUCCACUUCCCAGGGGGGGGGGGGGACAGAGCAAACCCCCACCCCACCCCUCUCUCUCUCCCCUUGAAAACGGUCCCUGGCAACAGGUUAUGACAAAUAGAUGACAAACGUUUCUAUAACCAGAACACAUUCAUUUUUUUUUCCUCAUCUCAUAUAUCAUGCAUGCUAUGAAAGAAAGUGAAAAAAAGAACAAAUAUAUAUAGAAAAAAAAGAAAAAAACACGAUAAAAGUAUUGUAUAUCCAUUUUUCUCUUGGUUACUGACCCAAGCAUAAGACUGAUACCAAGAGACAUAACGAAAGAGGCUAUUUAUUGUAUUUAUAUAUACAGUGCUUUAUAUUCUGUUUGCCGAACUCAAAUAAAUUUAGGCAAAUGAGAGA